UAUGGGACCGUAUGUGAGAAGAAUCCUGUGUGAUGAAUUGGGAGCUCCUGCAAAUUCUGCCAUAAACUGUAUUCCUCUGGAAGAUUUUGGUGGACAGCCUCCUGAUCCCAAUUUAACGUAUGCAACUGCCUUGCUGGAGGCUAUGAGAGGUGGCGAGUAUGGAUUUGGAGCUGCUUUUGAUGCUGAUGGAGACCGCUACAUGAUCCUUGGCCAAAAUGGUUUCUUUGUUAACGCAUCAGAUUCUUUGGCUAUAAUUGCUGCCAAUCUGUCUUGCAUUCCAUACUUUUGUCAGAUGGGUGUCCGAGGAUUUGGAAGGAGCAUGCCUACCAGUACAGCCUUGGACAAAGUGGCAAAAGUAAUGAAAGUUCCUGUGUAUGAGACACCAGCAGGAUGGAGAUAUUUUUCCAAUCUUAUGGACUCUGGACGUUGCUCGCUUUGUGGAGAGGAGAGCUUUGGCACUGGGUCUGAUCACCUUCGAGAGAAAGAUGGACUAUGGGCUGUGCUAGUUUGGCUUUCAAUCCUAGCAGCUCGAAAGCAAAGCGUGGAGGAGAUUGUCAGGGAUCACUGGACAAAAUUUGGCCGGCACUACUACUGCAGGUUUGAUUAUGAAGCACUGGAACCCAGAACAGCGUAUUUCAUAAUGAGAGACCUGGAAGCUUUGAUCACUGACAAAUCGUUCAGCCAUCAGCAGUUUGCUGUGGGUAACAGUAUCUACAGUGUGGAAAGAACAGACAGCUUUGAGUACAUAGAUCCUGUGGAUGGCACUGUGACCAAAAGACAGGGGCUGCGGAUUAUUUUUUCAGAUGCUUCCAGGCUCAUCUUCAGAAUGAGUGCUUCUAGCCAUGUGAGAGCUACUCUCCGGAUCUAUGCAGAGAGUUAUGAAAAGGAUCCCAGCCAACAGAAUAAAGAACCACAGGCUGUGCUGAGUCCUCUUAUAGCAAUCGCACUGAAAAUAUCUCAGAUUCAUGAGAGGACAGGGCGAAAGGGACCCACUGUCAUCACCUGAAGCCAUGGAAGAUUGUUAAAUCAGGGCCAAAAGAGGAACAGCAAGGAAGAGACCGGACCUUGCUGAAAGAUGUUAGCCAUUUGUGCCUUGUAUGAUUUAAAAAGUUUUUUUGGGGAUAGAGGUAGGGUGGGAAGAAAAAUUCAAUAUAAUAUUGAGCAUAUUCAUUUGCAUAGAUCUCCAUAUACAAUAGUGUAUUGACUUCUUUGUUUUACCUGCAAUAUCUUAAUUUCAGAUAAC